AUGGCAGAACCAUCUCUACCUGACAAUUCGUUGUUUCGACAAAAUGUACUAAAAAUAGCAGAACAAAAGCAGUUGGAUAGUCAACUUUCCAGACACAAUUUUGUAUUGAAAAACCAUAAAUUGAAGUGUUUGUCAAUACAUGAAUUAUUACAAAAUUUUUACGAAACAGUAUCUAGUUUUGCAGAUGAAUUUCUUGAAUAUGCUAGUAAAGUAAUGUCGGAAGAUUUAUGUCGCAUGGCAGAAAAGUGUACCAGAUCUCAGAGUGAUACCUGCACUUGGCAUGAGCUUCGUUAUGGCAGAAUUACAGCCUCAAGAAUACGAGUACAUGAAGCAGUACACUGCAAAACAUUAGAUGGAUCGUUGGUACAACAAAUCAUUGGUGCUUCAAAGAUAUUUGAAUCACAAGUAAUGGAGCGAGGGAAACGGUUGGAAAAGAAAGUUUUAUUAGAGGUCGCAAAAAUGACGGGACUGCGAUUCCAAGACAAUGGACUGUUUUUAUUACCUCAAUUUCCAGUAUUAGGAGCAUCGCCUGAUGCCUUAGGAGAUGAUGUUAUUGUUGAAAUAAAAUGUCCGUCAAUCUUAAAAACGUUUGAACAGUUUCUACCAUCUGGGAAGAUCAAUAAAAAAUGUAAAGCGCAAAUAAAUAUGCAAAUCUUUGCCUGUGGAAAAAAAAGAGGCCUCUUUUGCGUCGCAGAUCCAAACUUUGAAGAGUCUAAACAAGUAACACUUAUUUGGGAAAAUUAUGAUGAGGAUUUCACAAAUUCCAUAAUAGAAAAUGCUGUAGAUUUCUGGAAACGCUAUAUUUUUCCAAAGCUGUACAGGCACAAAAGUUCAUGA